AUGGACUUUCAAGAAGAUAUUGUUAUAGGCGAAGAUUGGGGUUUCCGCCUACCAGGCAUCCUUCGAGACAUUAGUGAGUGUGCUUUUGUUGCUCUGGACUUUGAAUUCUCUGGAAUUCCAUCCCACCAGGCGGGAUCGCGUCCACAGAGUCUUCAGGAGAGAUAUGCAGAAGUAAAAGAGGCAGCCAAAACCUAUCAGAUUCUUCAGGUAGGGCUUACUAUUGUGAAGGAAGACGUUUUAAGAGAGAAAGGGAAAUACACUGUCAAACCUUUCAACAUCCCUCUGUCACCGUGGAUCGACCCGUCUCUACAUGUCGACCGGACGUUUGGGCUUUCAAGCAAUGCCAUCCACUUUUUGGCCAAAAUCGGGUUUAACCUCGGCGAAACGUGCGAGAAUGGUGUACCAUAUCUUUCAAAGAAGGAGGUGGAUGAAAUACUCGAUGAAGCUCGCCGUUUUCACGGCAGUCGGUGGCAGACAGCCAAAAGAGCUCAGAUAAUACUCUCUGAUGAUGACAUAGAGUCAGCAGCAUUUCUUGCUGGCAUACGCAAAGAUAUUGAAGAAUGGCUAAACGCGGACUGGGACAAGCCGGAUUAUCUGCAUGUUCCAGCAUUGAAUGGACACGCGUUUACACGGUUCGAAAAAAGACUGAUUCACCAACUCGUAGAGACAGAAUACCCCUCCCUCACAUCCAUAAGGUCGGGUGAGUCCAUAAAAAUUGUGAAAUACGACGAGGCGAAGGAACACAAGAAGUAUGAGGGGAAAAUGAGCCGCGUUCAGCAGCGUCUAAUAGAUCAUCGUGGCUUUGCUUGGGUGAUCGAAGCGUUGGCUGGAGGUGACUUAUCCCAAAUGACAUCUCAGAUGUUCGAACCAUUGGUUAUUGGCGAAGGACCUGAUGCAGAAUAUCACAAAACGCAGAUUAUUACCAAACUAAAAGCUAGGAAUGGCCAGAUAGCCAUCGUGGGUCACAACCUGUUUAUGGAUGUUACAUAUUUGUGGCAAUGCUUCUACGGUGAUCUACCUGAUCGAGUCGAGGACUUUGCGCAGCUACUCCACGAGAAGUUCCCUAUGUUGAUUGAUACCAAAUACAUCUUCACUCAUGACUGUGGCGAUAUGAAUCCAGCGGCAACAUUGGAGAAAAUUGCAGAAGCAUGCAAAAGGAUCGCGAAGCCGCAGAUCAAGCUAGUAAUGGACAAUCUGCACACGAGAUAUCGAAAAAAAGCCUGUCCGCACGAAGCUGGAUAUGACAGUCUUUUGACAGCUCAGGUUUUCAUCAAACAAGCCGUUCAAUUGCCUGGUGCCCGGACAAGAUCGAUUCUGCAGCCUACCCAGGCCACUCGCAAGGGAAAUCCUACUGUCCAACACACAAGUGGUGUUGCCCUGGAUAUCUCCAAGGAGACCUCAACUAAUGAUCAGGGCGGACAUAAACAGAAAUUUGGUACCAACUUUUCAGUGUUUGAAACAACGGAGUUGGAGAAUAGCAUCGACAAAUUGGCCAUACCCGAUGGUGGUCAUGAACUCAUCCCACCCUUUUCGUCACCAGUGUGGAAAGUCUACGGAAACAAGCUUCGUGUCUUUGGAACGCACGAAAGGGUAUUCGAACUGGGGGAUUGAGGUCAAUUUUGGGAGGAUGUGAUCAUAACAGGGCCUGCGCGGUUUUUGGGAUGCAUGAGGGUAUUCGAAUUGGAGCUUAAAGUCGAUUUUUGGACUGAAUAUGAUCGUGACAGGCCGAUCAGUCUUAUUCUUAGUAGUGGGUACGAAGUGACUAUGGAAUAAUGAGGUUAAUCGAUUAAAUUGAAUAAUUAAAAGCAAAGAUGUACGCAGCGUCUAUCUAACUGUACGCCUUGGACAAGAAGGUACCGCUAGCGAAAAAUGGCUGC